GCUAUUAUUCAAACAUUCGGUGUUAAUAAAAUGCAACUUUUUGUUGAGGGUACAAAUUAGCGCAGCAGGCAGAACUGAAUAAAUCCAAUGAUCUGAUUCUAUCAAGAAAAGCUGUUCGAGAAAAUUUAACGUGAUGAAGAUGACAAACCGCAUGCCAAAGACAACCAUUUACUACUUAUUAGUACUGGCAAUUUUAAGGACAUCCGUCAUUACGGCUGGAGAAAAUACACACUAUCUACCGCCGUUGGAAUGUUACGAUCCCUACGGGAGGCCACAGCGCUGUAUACCCGAGUUUGAGAAUGCUGCAUAUCAGGUUGAAAUUGAAGCUACAAACACUUGCGGUGAGGAUGGAGUAACAAAUUUCUGUGUCCAGACUGGAUAUUCUAAUCGAAAAAGUUGCGAUGAUUGCCGGGAAAACCAACAUGCACCACAUUUUUUGACCGAUCUACAUGAUCCAACCAAUCCAACGUGGUGGCAAUCGGAAACUAUGUUUGAAGGAAUCCAAUAUCCCAAUCAAGUCAAUCUUACGCUGAAGCUCGGAAAAUCGUUUGAUAUCACGUACAUUCGCAUUGUGUUCUACUCCCCACGUCCUGAAUCAUUCGCAAUUUACAAACGAGUAACACCAAAUGGCCCUUGGACUCCGUAUCAAUACUACAGUGCCACUUGCCGUGAUACCUAUGGUCUGCCGGACUCUCUUUCUGUAAUGAAGGGUGAAGAUGAAUCUCGUGCACUGUGUACUAGCGAAUAUAGUGAUAUUUCUCCUUUACGAGAUGGAAACAUAGCUUUCUCGUCACUGGAAGGAAGACCAAGUGCAAUAAACUUUGAGCACAGUCUCGAAUUACAGCAAUGGGUCACAUCAACUGACAUCCGAAUAACAUUAGAUCGCUUGAACACCUUCGGAGAUGAAGUAUUCGGCGACGCGCAAGUUCUAAAGUCAUAUUUUUACGCUAUAGCCGAUAUUGCAGUAGGCGCUAGAUGUAAAUGCAAUGGUCAUGCCAGUGAGUGUAUCACAAGUACUAGUUCCAGUGGACAGCGAGGACGUGUAUGCAAAUGUCAACACUAUACCGAUGGACCAGAUUGUGACAAAUGCUUGCCUUUUUACAAUGACGCUCCGUGGGGACGAGCCACAUCGAAGAACGUUCACGAGUGCAAACCAUGUAACUGUAAUGGUUAUUCAACCAAAUGUUUCUUCGACCGUCAACUAUACAAUCUAACUGGUCAUGGAGGUCAUUGUAUUGACUGUGGUGCUAACCGUGAUGGACCAAAUUGUGAGCGUUGCAAAGAAAACUUUUAUAUGCGUGAAGAUGGCUACUGCAUUAACUGCGGCUGUGAUGCAACCGGUUCUAGGUCGUUACAAUGUAAUGCUGAAGGAAAAUGCCAAUGUAAACCUGGAGUGACAGGAGAAAAGUGCGACCGUUGUGAAAACAACUUUUAUAAUUUUGGGCCCCAUGGAUGUCAACCAUGUAAUUGUGACGUAAGAGGUUCUUACGAUAAUGCACCAUCCUGCGACCCGGUUAACGGUAUUUGUCUUUGCAAAGAAAAUGUAGAAGGUCGUCACUGUCGCGAAUGCCGUCCGGGAUAUUUCAAUUUAGAUUUGGAAAACAAAUUUGGAUGUACUCCGUGCUUCUGUUACGGGCAUACCAGCGAGUGUACAAGUGCUACAGGCUACUCUAUAGUAUCGACAACGUCCAACUUUAAUAAACACAAGGAAAAGUGGACGGCUGCCACUAGCAGUGGAACUACUGUAGAUAUUAAAUACAAUUCCAAAGGUCAAACUAUUGGAGUCAGUGCUCAAGGAUACGAACCAAUAUACUUUUUAGCUCCAGAUCGAUUCCUCGGAGAUCAAAGAGCUUCAUACAAUAGGAUUUUAAAGUUCCGCCUACAACUCGUCGGACAACCAAGACCAGAUAUAAGUACUUUUGAUGUUAUACUACAAGGAUCAAACAGCAGUAUUUCGCUGCCAAUUUUUGCACAAGACCAACAAAUGCCUGAUGAUGAGCUAAAAGAAUUUUCAUUCAGACUACAUGAACAUCCUGAAUAUUCAUGGCAACCAUCAAUGUCCGCAAGAGGUUUCAUGUCUAUUUUGAGUAACCUAACAGCCAUUAAAAUAAGAGCUAUUUAUUCUGACUAUGGUGAAGCAUUUUUGGACGAUGUUGAAUUGCAAACCGCCCACCGAGGAGCGGCUGGUCGUCCGGCAACAUGGAUUGAACAGUGCACAUGUCCUGAAGGGUAUUUGGGACAAUUUUGUGAAUCUUGUGCACCAGGCUAUAGACACAACCCAGCAUUGGGAGGACCAUUCAUGCCUUGUAUUCCGUGCGAUUGUAAUAAGCAUGCUGAAAUAUGUGAUUCUGAAACCGGACGUUGUAUUUGUCAACACAACACUGCAGGCGAUACAUGUGAUCAAUGUGCAAAGGGAUAUUAUGGAAACGCAUUAGGAGGAACACCAUAUGAUUGCAAACGUUGUCCCUGUCCAAAUAACGGAGCCUGUAUGCAAAUGGCAGAUGACUCCGUAAUAUGUUUGGAAUGUCCUGUUGGAUACUUUGGGCCCCGAUGCGAACUUUGCUCCGAUGGUUAUUACGGAGAUCCCACCGGUGUGUAUGGUGCCAUUCGAAUGUGUCAACCGUGCGAUUGCAAUGGAAAUGUUGAUCCUAACGCAGUCGGCAAUUGUAACCGCACUACUGGCGAGUGUUUGAAGUGUAUUCAUAAUACAGCGGGUGUUCACUGCGACCAAUGCCUUCCAGGCCAUUUCGGAGAUCCCCUAGCCCUACCCCAUGGAAAUUGUGAACAGUGCAGUUGCUACCCAAGAGGAACCGAGCAAACCGACAAGGGAAUUUCCAUUUGUGAUCCCAACAAUGGAAACUGUCAGUGCAAACCCAACGUCAUCGGUCGAACCUGUAACGAGUGCAAGAAUGGCUACUGGAACAUAAUUUCUGGAAAUGGCUGUGAAAAUUGCAAUUGUGAUCCAACUGGAAGUUUUAACUCGUCCUGUGAUACGUACACGGGUGAAUGUUACUGUAAGCCAGGUGUUGUCGGUAAAAAGUGCGAUAAAUGUGCCGUUGCGCAUUAUGGAUUUUCACCAGAUGGUUGCAACUCUUGUGAAUGCGAUCCAAGUGGAUCUAAGGGAUCACAAUGUGACCAAUACGGACAGUGCCCAUGCAAUGAUAAUGUUGAAGGAAGACGCUGUGAUCGAUGCAAAGAAAAUAAAUAUGAUCGCCAUCAAGGUUGUCUUGAUUGUCCCGCGUGUUAUAAUUUAGUGCAGGAAGUUGCAAAUGAACAUCGCGUCAAGUUGGCAAAUCUGAAUAAAAUUUUGCAAGACAUCCAAUCGAAACCGAUCGUCAUAGAUGACAACGAAUUUGUUUCAAAACUUAGAGCAGUACAGGAUAAAAUUGAUAUCUUAGUAGAAGACGCAAAAAGUGGAUCCGGAGGUGGAGAAAAAACGCUCAAUGAGAUGUUACAAGAUUUAGAAAAAAGGUUGGAAGCCGUACAAGAUUUGCUAAAUAAGGCCGAUCAGUCUCAAAAGACCACCGAUUUUAAAAUAAAUAAGGGGACUAGUAACGCCACAAUAGCCAAUAACCAGAUCCAAGAAGCUCGGCGUGAGCUCGAAAAUGCUAUUGAUUUGUUACAAACAGAUGGGAAUGCCGCACUUACCAGGGCACGAGAUAUAUCCGGGCGCCUCGGAAAUCAAACUAAUCAAAUAAGUGGAAUUUCUCGAGAAGCACGCCAAUACGCAGACCAAUUCAAAAAAGAGGCCGAUGAAAACAAAAAGCAAGCUGAAGAGGCUGUUGAAAAGGCUACCAAAGCACAUAAUAUGGCCAAAAACACCAUCAAUUUACAAGCCAACAUAAGCGAAGAAUUCCGAACAAACAUUUCAGGCGAAGUCCAACAGGCUAAAGAUAAGUUAAAUACUGUUUCAAAGUUAACAGAACAGGCUUUAACCAAAGCAAAUGAAGUUUACGAUGACGCACUUUCACUUUUCGUAACUGUGAACAGUUUGUCUCCACCUAGCAUUGAUAUUGACCACAUUAAAAAAGAAUCUAAUAAAUACAACAAGGAAGCGGACAAAAUCAAUGAAGACUUGGAUAAAACUAUCGAAGAUCACAGCACUCUGCUCACCGAUGUAAACGAAAAUAUAGAACUGGCUAAUACACUUCUUGAAAGGGCUGAAUCUCAGAAGGACGAUGCCAUUAGGGCUGUUGAGGAGCUAGAAUAUGCAAGAGAAUUGGCUGAAAAGGCAGUAGCCGAAGGGGAUGGGACAUUAAAAAAAGCAAACUUUACUUAUCACACUUUAUCGGGUUUCAAAAAUCAAGUUGAAGAAUCCAAACAAAAAGCUGCGGAUGCUCUUGAAUCUGUUCCGAGUAUCAAGCGACAAAUUGAAAAUGUCAUUGAAUUAAUCGCUAACUCAGAAGCUGCACUGAGGAGCGCUAAUCAUAAUGCAGCCGAAGCUCGUAAUAAUGCGCAAACGGCACAGAAAAAAUAUGCUGAAGAAGCAUCAAAGCUCGCCGACAACAUAAAAAAAAGAGCCAACGCAACUAAAAAUACUGCUCGUGAUUUGAGACACGAAGCUGAUCAACUGAACGGUAGAUUGGCUAAAACAGAAAAUAGUUUGUCCGAACGAGAAACGAACAUUCGAAAGGAUUUCAACCUUACCAAGGAAGCUAAGGAAAAGGUUGGUCAAGCACAACUCAAUUCAAACGAAGCAAAAUCGCAAGUUGAAAAAGCUAUGAAGGACAUUAAAGCUAUAAUUGAUGAGUUAGCUGAUUUACGAGAUAUCGACAUCAAGAGUCUGGACGCACUAGAUGAACGUCUGUCGGCUGCUGAGAAGGAAUUAGAUGACGCGCAGCUAACGAAUAAGCUACAUGUUCUAAAUGAAUCUAAAAAUCUCCAAACACAGAACAUUAAAAGUUAUCAACGUGAACUAGCCGAACUGGAAAGUGAAGUAACAAACAUUAAGAUGAUAGCAGAUUCUCUUCCAGAAAACUGUUACAAAAGGACACGCCUUGAACCAUAAAUCUUGAGCCAACAGAAUUUAAAUUUAUGGAACCAAUUAUACAUAAGCUCUUAUAUUCAUCUGAAAAUUCCGCAUCCUCAACGGUAUAGACGAUGCUCUGAAAUUAGCAGUCUACAUGUUAAACACACCUCGAAAUCCCUAUGACUAUGUUAAGAAAAAUCAUUCAUGUUCAUAUCUGAUAGACAAUGUGCCAAUUAUGAACAAUAUUAUUUAAGUCAUACAUUUUAGGAUACACAAUCGAGCUUGAAGUAAAGCUCAACUACACUUGUUCAAUUGACAUUUCUUAAUCUGGAGUCAAAAAGCUUUAGGUUUUCCCAAGAUUAUGUUUUAAAACUGCAUUAAUCGAAUUUGAACACAAUCGGUACGCUAAUCCAUUCUGUUACUUAAUAGGUGAAAUUCAAAAUUAAACAGUAAAAUUAUAAAUAUAACAUAAACUAGAAACAACCUAAAA